CACGAUAAUGCAUCAUAUUUUUGCUCUAACAGCUUGUGACAGUUUGUCUUAUCUAGCACAAAAGCUUCGGUUAUAGAUAGCCCCCCCCCCCAGCCUAUGCUGUAUAUAACCUCCUCAGUGUGUAUUAUCUAGCUACCAUAUGGCAGACGAUAUCUACAAGCAUGGACCAUCGUAUCACCCCCUCCACGUAUUCGUACUCAACGAUGACCCUGUGCACCGUGGUGACCAACCGUGGUUAAUCGUCUCCCACACACAAAGUCACAUGCUCUACUGCAUGGCCUUUGCACGGACACACAAGCGUCUGUGUGCUGAUUGCAUCCUCGUAUACAUGAACCGUGCAGAAGCAGUACCCGAUUCAUAUUCCUGGUCCUCGCAAUCUUGGAAGAACCCCCCCCUGACUAUGCACUGAGAGGUCAACUCCAAAGCCAGCACUUGGGGCGCCGAUUUCUUAGCUUCGAUUGCAGGAGAUUUGGCACGGAUCAUUUCCUCGCCUAAACGGAUAUCGCUAAUAUUUCCCAAGGAACAAUCUUCAUUUGCACCGCUGCCUGGAUCGUUUCAAGGCUGGUUCCCGCUGUUUCUUGCCGUGCCCCUACCAGCCCGUCGGAUCCCGCGUCG